CCUCCUACUCCCACACCGCCGCCGAAAGAAAAAAUGGCUGGAGAUUAUGGAAGAGGCUAUGGUGCAGCCAGACUCGAUAGAGGAGGCUGGAUUGGUGAUAGAGGGGGGAGAUUCAACAACACUGAUAGAGGGAGAGGAUUUAGCAGAGGUAGAUCGGUUUCCUUUGAAAAUACUGGAGGGUUUGGAAGAGGUGGUGGCAGAUUUGGAACUAGUUUUGGAGUUGGCAGAGGAGUUGAUGAGGAGGAGGAACUUUCAGUAGAGGAUAAAAGAGAGGCCAUGAUCUGUCAAGCCAAAACAGGAAAAAAGAGAUAGUGGACAAUAACACAAAAAGAGCUAAUGAGGAGGUUGGAAAAUCUGGGGAAGAGAAGGAAGGGGAGAGAGAGCAGCUGGUAAACGUGGAUCAGGAACAACAACAGAAGCUGCUAGCUUCAUUGCUCUCUCAACUGGUACAAGGGAUGAAAAGUAAUGAAAAUGGGCAGCUGGAAAAAGUGAUUGGAAGCUCCUCUGGUAUACAGGCUGGGGGAAACGUUCAGAGAAAAGGAGAGAGGAGUGGUGAAGCUAUGCAGAAAACAGAUAAAGGGAUUGAGCUGGAUCGUAACAUGGAGACCAAGAAGCAGAUUGGGAGAGGCAAUUGGCAGCAGACCUUAGAGGACAACAAAAAAGGGAUUGAGAGAUUGAAUAGGCAGGUUUGUGGCAAAUGUAAAGACCCCAGGCAUACUACCAGAAAAUGUAAAGUGGGGCACUAUUUGAUCUGUGGUAGGGACAAUCACAUAACAGGGUAAUGCAACCUUUUGAAGCAAAUGAAACCAGUGCCAAAGUAUGUAGGAUAUGCAGCUAAGGGUCUGGGAAUUCUUGUCCAGAGUUACAAAGACAUGCUGGUGGCUGAGCACACAAAUCCUCUGGGAGUGGUGAUUGUUAGAGAUGGUUAAAUUAAUGAAACUGAAUCGACUAGAGCCUCAAGUGAGAUGUUUGAUUGGGGUUGGCAAUGGAGAGUAAAGGAGUUUGGAAAGAAUGGAUUUAUGAUGAGAUUUCCUAACAAGGCUAAACUAGUAGAGCUUGCAAAGUUUAAUGACUUUAACCUGUUAGGAACUGAGGUGGUGAUCAAGGUACAACCCUGGUCUCUUGACCAUCAAGCAAUUGGGAAAAUGCACUCUGCAUGUAUUAAACUGAGUAAAGUACCAGAUUGCUUUAGACACUUUUUUGGAAUAUGUGAAGUGGCUGCAGCUGUAGGACCAGUACUAGAGAUUGAUAUAGACACCAUUAAUGAGGAAAAAGUUAGAGCCAAGUGUGGGAUUAGAGAUGUGGAAAAAGUUCCCUCUCAGGUGGAAAUCACUUCCCCUGAUUUGCUUAUGUUCAGAAUAGGGGCAGAAGUGGAAAAAGUAGUGGAGCUUGGGUGGUAUAAACAAGAAAAAAGGAAAAAAUGAUAAUAUCAGUGACCUGAAAAUCAAAGAUUAUGAGGAAGAAAAAGGAAGAAAGCUAGAUUGGAAGAUAAAGAACACAAGGGCAUUACUCUUGGGUGCCUAUCUCUCAGACAAAGUGAAGAGAUUGAUGAGAAAAUGGAGAAAGUAAAAACUCAAGUAGAAGAGAACAUCAUGCAAUGGCAAAAUGAGAUGAACACAGAAAGAAGGAAAUGGCAAAAAGAAAGUGACAUUCUGUUCAAUAAGAUCAAAGCACUGGAGGAGGAUAAAGUUAGACACAAUGCUUUAUGGACGAAGAAUGAAAAAAGAAUCAAAGAGUUGGAAAACAGUCAACAAACUCUGCAGCAGAUGGUUACACAACAGCAAGAGGAGAUCCAGAAAUUAAUACAAGAGGCUGCUAAUAGAGAGCAAUAUGAGAUGGAGCUAGCUAAUAUGGAUUUGGAAGAUUAUGAAAAAGAAAAUCAACUGAGGAAAGAGGACACUGGAUCUGGAAAGUACAUUGAACCAACUGACUAUAAUGCUAGUCAGGAAUCUGUUGGUACAUUGGGUGAGAAAAUGGCUGACAUACAUGGGGCAGGGAUUCUAGAGAAGGAGGGAGAAGAAAAAGAAGUGGAAUUAAAAAGAAGUCUCAGGAACAGAGGAAAGGAAGAUCAGAAGGUGGAAGAAAUGGCCAAAAUCAGAACAGAAGAAAGAAAUAAUUAUGAUAAAGGAGCUGCCAAGAAAAAUGUUGGAGCUGGGAGCAAGACUGCUAGAGCGAGUAGCAAAUGAGGUGUACACAGCAAAGCAGGGAUGGAGGAUCAAUGUAGCGAGGCUGAAGGGGCUUGAAGAAUCUACUUCCUGAUGUUGCUAUGGCAGUUUCUUAGUUGUUGUUCUAGUAGUUGGUUGCUGCUUUUGUCUAGGUUAUCUUUCAUCUAUGUAAUGCCCCUGUAUGUUGGGCUUGAGAGACUGUUGGCCUUUGUUGGCUUUUGCGUCAUGACUUGAGAUCCUUGGUAGUAUUAGGAUGAAUGCUUUGUUGCUAUGCUUGGUUUUCCUUAAUGAAAAUCAGAAGGGGAAAGCCCUUCUUUCAUCAAAAAAAACCAUGUGAUGUACUCUUUA